UCCGGCGGUGGGCGGGGCACGGGCGGUGCGCGCGCAGGCGCAGGCUGCGGCCCGAUGGACCCCGAAUCAGAACCCGUUUCCGUGGAGGUUCCUGCCGGGCGCGUGCUCAGUGCCCGUGAACUCCUCGCCGCCCGCUCGCGGUCCCAGAAGCUGCCCCAGCGCUCGCAUGGCCCCAAGGACUUUCUCCCUGACGGCUCGGCGGCCCAAGCCGAGCGGCUGCGCCUGUGCCGUGAGGAGCUCUGGCAGCUGCUGGCGGAGGAGCGCGUGGAGCGUCUGGGCAGUUUGGUGGCCGCUGAAUGGAGACCGGAAGAAGGGUUCGUGGAGUUGAAGUCUCCUGCGGGUAAAUUCUGGCAGACCAUGGGCUUCUCAGAGCAGGGCCGGCAGCGGCUUCACCCCGAGGAGGCCUUGUAUCUGCUGGAGUGUGGGUCCAUCCAGCUCUUCCACCAAGACCUGCCACUGUCCAUCCAGGAGGCCUACCAGCUGUUGCUGACUGAGGACACUGUGACUUUCCUGCAAUACCAGGUCUUCAGCCACCUGAAGAGACUGGGCUAUGUGGUUCGACGAUUCCAACCGAGCUCCGUCCUAUCCCCUUAUGAGAGGCAGCUGAACUUGAACAGCAGUGCCCAGUGCUUGGGGGAUCAGAAUGGCAAGAGGAAGAAGAGGAGCUCCCACUCUCGGUCCAUUAAUAAGAAGCCCAGGGCCCUGGAGAACCCCCUGCAGGGGGUGGAUGGGACACCCAAGAGCCUGGCAACCUCCAUCCCACCUCCCUGCGACCAGAACAAGCGAUGUGCAGAGGAGAAACCCCAGGAGUCAAGCCCCGUAAAGGGCCCAGCGGGCCCCUUUCAGCUUCUGGGGUCCUUGGAGCCCUGGCCUGGCCUGGCCAGGGAUGGGGUGGGAUGCAGCCAGGAGAAUGGCAAAGUAGAGAAUGGGGUUAAGGGGGCUCAUAAGCCACGCUGGAACUUUGAGCAGAUCUCCUUCCCCAAUAUGGCUUCAGAUAGCCGCCACACCCUCCUGCUUGCCCCAGCCCCAGAGCUGCUCCCGGCCAACGUCCCUGGACGGGAGACAGAUGCUGAGUCCUGGUGCCAGAAAUUGAACCAACGGAAGGAAAAGCUCUCCAGACGGGAGCAGGAGCAGCAGGCAGAGGCCCAGCACUUCCAGGAGGAUGUAAACGUGGAUCCUGAGGUGCAGCGCUGCUCCAGCUGGCAGGAAUACAAGCAGCUGCUGCAGAGGCGGCGCCUGCAGAAGACCCAGACCCGCCCCCCGCACCUGUGGGACCAGCCUGUCACUCCGUUGCUGAGUCCUGGCCAUGCAGACUCCCCAGCCACAGUCCUUCAGCAUAUCUCUGUGCUGCAGACGACACACCUUGCUGAUGGAAGCGCCCGGCUGCUGGAGAAGUCUGGGGACUUGGAAAUCAGCUUUGAUGUUUACCAGGCCGAUGCUGUGGCCACAUUCCGAAAGAAUAACCCUGGGAAGCCAUAUGCCCGGAUGUGCAUUAGUGGAUUUGAUGAGCCGGUCCCAGACCUCCGCUCCCUCAAACGGUUGUCCUACCAGAGUGGGGAUGUUCCUCUGAUCUUUGCCCUGGUGGAUCACGGAGACAUCUCGUUCUACAGCUUCAGGGACUUCACACUGCCCAGAGAUCUGGAACACUGACCAUGCAGCUAUGGCAGGGUCUGCGGCCUGCUGGGGGUGCUGGGGAACCUGGACUGUCUACUCUCAGGGACCAUCUCAGCUGCCUCCUACACCUUGUAGCUGCAAUAGUCUGGGCCUUGGCCCUGGAUGUCUGAUGCUUGCAGAAGAGUGAAGCUGAGUCCCCUCUACUUGGCUGCUGCAAUGCUUCCAAGCCGCAGGCCUGAGAUUGCUGCCUUGCAGUGAUCCCCUCAGAACUCAGCGCUAGCUUUUAGAGACCCAGUGAGGUGGGGCAGAAGGGAGGACUCUGUGCCUUUAAAAGAGAGGGUUCCUGCUUCAUGCGAUAAAGCCAAAGCCAUUAAAAAAUAGAUCCCUUUUC